UUAAGCGAGGUGCAAGAUUUGGUUGCCAAAUCAAAACGAGCCUCUGAACUGGCACGAGAAUACUCUCUGGAGACACGGGAGCUAGUCAAAGACAUGUACCAUGACUUCGAGCAACCUGGCAUCCGUUACCUUGAGGACAUGGUUUGCCUGAUGCGUGUGACGAAACGCGGCAAUCAGGUGUUUGAGUCAGCUCUACAGUCGGCGACUGAUGUACUCAGUGGCAACACAUCUGCCCUAACGACAACCACUGGCAAGGAGGGCCAACGAGAAAGCGCUGUCUGUGAAGACGACACGGGCCCAGAUAGCGGAGCUCUGGAGCCGCUACCGUUUGGUCCAGGAGCCCGCCAAGGAGGGCGGGGCGGUCGGGGGGGCCAGGGGCUGGGGGGCAGUAACUCGGGCCAGCCGUUGUCGAGGGCCGGUUCAUACAGAAAGAAGCGAAAAGAGGCGGCCAGACGACGAGAGAAACGUCGACAAGAACAGGCAGAAGCCUUAAUGGCUUUGCAGGGAGGAUCAAUUGGGGAGGCUGACCUGCAACAGGUUAGAGAUUUGUUUCGUUAA